CUCGGUUCGCGGCCAACUUCACGCGCACCAGUUUUUGUUCUUCAUGUCAAAAUUUUGCAAAAUUAUUGUCAUUUUCUCAUUUAAUGCGGAAUUUGGGCAAUAAAUAGUGCCAUUUCCCACCCCAAACACCGUGAAAAGUACGUAGAUGCGCCUAGAGUGGCCGUAGGGGUGUUCUUUUGGUGGCGAAACCGCGGAAAUCAGGCGUGCGUGAGAGGGAGAUUUGUCAUCCUGCCUAUAUUGUUAUUUUUAGUCCGCAGUCUCGUUUCCGUGCGACUCCUGCGUGGCGUCCGGGCAUCAGGAAGGCGACAUGGCUGAGGAGACGCAGCAUCUGCUCCAGGGCGACGCGAUCAACUACAACGGGAACGACGGCGAUGUGGAGCGCAAUGCCCAAGGCGGAAACGCCACCACGGCGUCCUCAAUUGGGCCCGGGGAGCUCCCGCCCACCUUCCAGGCGGGCGCCGUGCCGAUGGUGACGUGCCGCGUGUGCCAGGGCAUGAUUGACAUCACCUUCAAGCGGGACCAGCACGUGGUGAAGUGCAAUCAGUGCAACGAGGCAACCCCCAUCCGGAACGCGCCCCCCGGCAAGAAGUACGUGCGCUGCCCGUGCAACUGCCUCCUCAUCUGCAAGAGCUCCUCGCAGCGCAUCGCGUGCCCGCGCCCCAACUGCAAGAGGAUCAUCAACCUGGCCCCCAGCCCCGUGACGCCGCCCGUGCCCUCAAUGCCCGGCAUGUGCCGCAUCACGUGCGGCCACUGCUCCGACACCUUUCUGUUCAACACUCUCAACAACUCCCUUGCUCGAUGCCCUCAUUGCCGAAAAGUGUCCAGUGUCGGUUCUGAGUUCUCGCGCGGCCGCGGCAUCUUGUUCUUCAUCAUUGGCAUCGUCUUUCUGGUCAUCGGCAUCGGCGUCACGGCCGGAACAUACUCAUAUGCGGCGAGUCACGGCGGAAUGUACGUGGCUUACAUCGGGGCUUUCCUAAUCGCACUCUUCCUGUUCGGGCGCAGCGUCUACUAUUGCACGCUGAAGACCAGCACAAUAGAUGGUCCAAUGUAAGGACGCUGCGCGGCUCCUCGGCGGCUAUGAGAAGACAUCUCUGGAUUGCAGACGAAGGCCACGCAUUGUGACACCAAAAAGAUCAAAGAGAGAGAGAGAGAGAUAACGAUGAUAAAGGCAUUCCUCUAAUUUUCUUUUCUUUCAUGUAUCCCUCGAGAGAAUCAUGCAAGGUUUAUCGACAGUAAAAACACAUAAACUAUAAAAGUAUCUAGCUCUUACCUUAUAAAUGUGAGAUGAAGAUGAUGAUGAAGAAGGAAAAACGAUUGAACAUAUUGUUGCUUUAUAAUAAUUAUUUUUUAACAUCAAUAUUUUUUUGUGAAAACUUGGGAAAUAUUAGUGAAAAUAUAUAAUUAUAGGGUAAAAAAAAAAAAAAAGGUG